AUGAAAAAUUAUUCUUUAAUUGAAUUUUAAGAAGAAGAGGAAAUCCCUCUAAAAGUAUUAGUUGAGGAAUAAGAGAGUAAAUUUUAGUUAGCAUAACCUUUAUCUUAUGAAAUAACAACAUUAGUGAAUCAUAUUUCAGUCUAGUAACAAAGAAAAUUAUAAGAGGAGAUUAAAAUGUGGUCGAAUUUUUCUACAAUUUUGAAUAAAACCUAAAACAUUAAGGAAUUCAACAAAAUUAGAGAAUCGAUCAAAUUUGAAAUUUCGACUGAAUUUGUGAAUGAAUUAAAAAUAGAACUACAUUUUUCAAAGAAAAAUGAAACAAAAUACUACAGUUUUGAGACUUUUAUCAAAAAAAUUUGGAGAUCAAUAAAUUCUGAAGUUUAAAAUAUUGAAGAAAAGAAGAAAAAUAUUAAAUCAAAUGUGGCUAUUCUUAUAUAUUAAGGGGAAUAGUUGGAGAAUCUUAUUUACACAAUAAAUUAUUUUCUAGAUCAAUAAAUAGUUCCGAUUGUUAUAAUUACGAGUAGAAAACAUAUCAAAUAAUUUUUUAAAUAAAAAUAUAAUGAGAAAAUAUAUAAUAAAGCUUAUGUUUAAUUGUAUAAACAUUACUCAUUAUCAGAAAAUCAUGCCUUUUUAUUCGAAGAAUAAAUAAGUGAAUAGAAUAUUGCAUAUUAUUUUGCAUUUUUUAGAGAACUUGAUUAAAUACAAUUAAUUAAAUGGAUUUAUUUAGGAAUAUUGACUUUCAUUGAUCCUGAAUUCGUUGUAAUUACAUAGAGCAACUUGGAAUUUAUUUGUUAAAUAUCAGAUUAUUUUCCUCUAAUUAGUGAAAAAAAUAAAAUAUUUGGUAUUUAAUGGUUUGAUUAUUAAAUUCAAGAUCAAAAACUGAAAAAUCUAUCUUAUUAUCUAUAGUUUCCUUAAAGUAUUAUUAAUUCUCAUUCCAUAUUUAAAGUAAAGCAAUUUCAUAAUCCUUUUUAAUGUAUUUAUAAAUGGAGCCUUAUUAAUAAUUAUAUUUCAAAUUAUUAUGAACUAUUAAAAAAUACUUAAGAAAAUACUAUUGGAGUAUUAGAAUUAAAUUCAGUUUUACCCAAAUUAAUGUUCGAAUCAGAAUAAUUGGAAUUGUUAAUCUUAAAAAAAUACAUUUCGAUUUCUAAAAUAAUCUUAAAUUCAGAGAAUACUUUGGUUAAUUAUUUUAUAAAUAUCAGAUAGAAAAUUCAUAAUCAAAUGCGAAAUCAUGAAAUUAUUACUAAUAAUUUUAAAAUCUACAUCUUUAGUACUUUUUAAAAUAUUUUUAACAAAUUUCAAUUCAUUUAAGGAUAUUUUUCUAUUUCAAUUUGUAAAUUAUUUUAUUAAAUUAGGUAUUUUUUUUAGUUUUUAAAGUCCUUACUAGCUAAUUUUUUACAUUACAGAAGAAUCCUCUGCUUAUAUUGCUAUAGCAAUGAUAAUUCCUUUAUUUUAUUUAUUUAAUCUCCUAAUAUUUACUCUAUUUUCUAACCUAUACCACUUUGAAGAUAUGAUGGAAUUUUAAAAUCAAUUCAAUAUACUAUCUUACAUAUUGAAAUAAAACGAACAUGGUGAAGUACAAGGCAUGUCAGGUUUUGAUAGUUAAAAUGUUGAAUUAUCAGAAAAUGUAUCUUUAUAAAAUGGCUUAAUUAAACUCCAAAUUGAAGUUUAAUAAGAAAAUUAAAUUUUAGAUUUUGAACAAAUUUUAUCUAAAAGUUAAAAUCAAGAAAUAAUUUUAUAGGCUCGGAUAAAAGAAAAAUUAACAGUUAAUGGACAAUUUAUGAUCUUAAUAAGCAUUUAAAAGAUAUUAGAUUUUACUGUAUUUUUAUUCACCUUUAGUAAUCUUGUGAUUUUAUAUGGAAAAUCUUUUUGGGAUUCAUCAGUUAUAUAUUAAAGUUGUAUAUUCUUCUUAGUUAUAUUUAUAAUUUUGAUAGAAUUCUUUCAAAAAGGUUUUAAUUUAUUUACAUAUACUUAUAAUUUUUCAUUUUUGGCUUAUUUUUGGCAAAUUUAGAAUGUUAACAACAAAUAAUUUUCACCACAAGUUUAAUUGACAAAAAAAAAGUAACUUGCUGAAUUAUUAUUGUCCAAUGCAAUUGUUUCUUAUUGUUUUAUAGCAGUGGAGUCUUAUUUUAAUUAUUCAGGAUAUAUAUUUUUAGGAAUUUUAGGAUACCUAUCUCUAAUUUCUGUCAUAUCUGGAAUUCUAUAAAUCAUAUUUUAUAAAACUCCCCAAUUUGAAAAUUACACUAAAACAAAUGUUGAAGAUAAUUCUGAAAAACAACAAUAAUAUGAAAUAAGUCUUAAAUAAUAAGAUAGAAUAAAACUAAUAAGAGAAGCUAAAAAAUUUGUAAAUUAUUUAAUAAAAGAAAUAAAUUAAAAAAACUAAGAAGGUUAGCAAAGUUAAAAAUAGUAAUAAAACUUAAAUUAGGAUAUUAAUAAUGAAAAUUUAGCUCUUGUUAAUAAUGAGCAAAUGUGA